AUGUGUGAUAAAGUACUAGGUUUAUUUGAAGAAAUAACUUUAAAUCUUAGUGAUGUUAGUUACACCAUUGUUUUCAAUGCAUGUGCUCAAGUCUCUAUUGAUCGAGCAAUGAAAAUUGGAAGAAAACUUCUAAAUCAAAUCCAUAAGAACUUUCUAAAUGAUAAUAAAUUACUAACUUCAGCAAUAAAUAUGUUAAUGAGAUUUGGUGAUGUUAGCAGUGCUGAGAAUCUUUUUCAAAUGAUCCAAAAAAAGAACAUAAUUACUUAUGGAACUAUGAUGAAUGGAUAUAAUAUAAAUAAUGAACCAUUGAAAAGUUUAAAACUUUUUGAAGAUAUGAAGCGAGAUGAUAUAAAUGCCGAUGCAAUCGUAUUAAUCAUACUGAUUGGUGCAUGUGCACGAAUUGGUAUGCUUUCAAAAUGUCAAUCAAUUGUUGCUCAAAUUCCUUUGCACUUAUAUGAGAACCAACGUAUACGCAAUUUCAUUAAUUCAUAUGUGGUUAAUUCUUUUGGACUUAAUCGAAUGGACUCAGAAGCUUUAGAUUUAUAUCAAAAGAUGCCUAAUAAUCUACAAGAUGAAGUUUCAUCCAUUUGUGUGUUAAAUGCAUGUUCUCAUUCGGGUCUUCUUAAUGAAGCGCAUUCUAUCUUCAAUGAAGUCUCUCAUAAAACGAAAAAAAUUAUUACGGCAAUGCAAUUCAAGGCUCAUGAUCGUUCUCAUUCUCGAUCAAAAGAAAUUUAUGCUGACGCUGAACGUAUAUCAUCUGAACUUAUUAAACAUGGACAUAAUUAUGAUUCAAGUUGGAUUACUCGUCCGUUACAUGAAAAUGAAACAAUUGAAUCUGUUUUAUUUGCUCAUAGUGAACGACUUGCAAUUGCCUUUAAUUUUAUUCAAGAAACAAAACCAUCGUUUAUUCAAAUUACAAAAAAAUCUUCGUGUUUGCGGUGA